UAUAGAUCCGCCACUACCUAUGCACUAUAGGUUACUACCUAUGUAAAUAGUGCACGCCCUGGGAGAGUGCGAGGAGGAAGAAGAAACAAACGGCAGCUACAGGAGAGUGCGACCGACUUUGCAAACACGAGUCGGGUGCUGAGAAAAGGAAUACAACUAAAAAGAAGCAAGAAUUUCAUAAGUCGAUUCGAGGAUCGCUGGAUAAAUGUGUCAGCACGUCUUACAGAAAUGGGGUGGCCGCGUGCGCAGGAUAUGACUAUAUAGCUGUCGCGUGUUGAAAGUGAUUCUGGCGCGUUCAUCACCGUGUAUGUCAAUAAGCAGGGCCUCACCCCCUGCAACGGCUCUGGGUCUAGAUAUGAAUGAUUUGGACAAUCCCCAGCAAAUGAAUAUACGUCCAGAGCAGAGGGGUGGAGGCGAUGGGAUCAAGUGGAACCACGCUCUACUGGUUCUGCUGCUGGGGCUGGCGGCCUAUCGGUGGGUAUGGUCCAGUGCGUCCCGAAAGGAACUCCAGAUGAUGAAGAUCCAGUACGAGGAUAAGAUCAUGGGCGUCCGGGCUGAGUACGAGGUUGAGAUCAUGGGCGUCCGGGCUGAGUACGAGGUUGAGAUCAUGGGCGUCCGGGCGGAGUACGAGGAUAAGAUCAUGGGCGUCCAGGCUGAGUACGAGGAUAACAUCAUGGGCGUCCAGGCUGAGUACGAGGAUAACAUCAUGGGCGUCCGGGCUGAGUACGAGGAUGAGAUCAUGGGCGUCCGGGCUGAGUACAAGGAUAAGAUCAUGGGCGUCCAGGCUGAGUACGAGGAUGAGAUCACGGGCGUCCGGGCUGAGUACGAGGAUAACAUCAUGGGCGUCCAAGCUGAGUACGAGGAUGAGAUCACGGGCGUCCGGGCUGAGUACGAGGAUAAGAUCAUGGGCGUCCGGGCUGAGUACGAGGUUGAGAUCAUGGGCGUCCGGGCUGAGCUGGAGAAGAAGCACCUUGAGGAUAUGGUUUACCGCAAGGCCGUGGUCUCCCAGAUCCAGCAGCUCCGGGAGGAGAACCAGAGGCUGACGGUGCAGCAUGCCCUUGCAGUCCUGGAUACGGUGGAGGAGAGUCUGCUGAGACGGCAGGCGAUCUUCUGCAUCCUCUUCUCCUACGACUGGCAGCUGGACCUGGAGAGGGAGAUCAUGGAUCGGGUCGAGAGGGAGAGAGAGGCCCUGGCUGGGCUGGACAUAAAGAGGGGUCUGAAUGACAUCUUCAAAAAAGACGAUAGACAGUGUAUUUUGCCUGUAUUGUAUUCCGACCUGCUGAGGCAAUACAUGGAGAUCUGGAGGAAACGUGUGUCCCAGAACAAACCAGGGAAUAACUAAUCUGCUGAAUGUGCUGUUGCUUACUACAGCCACUGUUUGUUAUGAUAAGAGAGCAUAUUCCAUGUGUUUUUACAUUUUAUUACAAGAAAUGCAUUCCCAUGUGACAAAAUUCAUUACAAACAUGAAAUUGAUUUGCCAUAAGAAUUUUGUUAGAAGAAACUUUGUAAGCUGUAAUACAUAUAGACCUACUAUUUGUGUCUUUGGAUGAAUGUGUCUGUGCUAAAUAAAUGAAAUGUGAUUGCUGGUUAGGAAUAAGGACUGAAAAUCACCUGGAAAUAGGAUUGAGCACAACAAAUUAAGAUUUGAUUAAGUGUUCGAUCAUACAUCUCGAAAGUCUUUAAAGUAAAAAUGUAUAUAUUUCACCUAAUUUGUUCUCCCAAAGGACUAUCUGCAUUUUAUACAAUCCUUGCAUUUUUAUCAUCCAUAAAUUAUGUUUUUGUGCUGUCACUUGUAAUCCUAAGUAUGGACUUGGGGGUGUAAUGUGUAGGUUGCACACUAGAUGGCGCUUAAGAAACACAACUGAGAAAAACAGUGUCAAUGGGAACCAGAUAAGGAACA